AUGACCUCAAGGACACCCACCCGCACAAUCCAAAACCAGCCUUCGAUAGAAGAACCCACUGCACAGCGUGCUAAGGCACUCGAAGAGGACCGAAAAGAUGUUCUGCGUGAGCUUGAGCGUUGUGAGCGUGAACCAGUCACGUUCAAUGCGGGAGAGCGUGUGGCUGAUCUCGUUCGUUUCUGGAAGGAAUGGGAGUUAGACUAUUCUCCUGCAUGGAGAUUUGUAGGGCAACACAUGCGAUGGACUGCAAGCAUGGAAAAAAUUGCCGAUUGGCAUACCCGACGCGCCAUGAAUGUACAAGUAACUGGACCAACACCUCCCAUGAGUCAAAGUUUCGGGCAAAGCUUGCUCUACAGAUCUAACUUUUGGCAGUAUAUAUCCAUCCAUAUGCGGCACGGUGACUUCAGCCAGGUGUCUGAGGCGCAAGAAGAGCUUCGCACACGAAAAGGGAUUGAUGCUACACAUGUUAUCAUGACGAGCGACGAAAGGGACCCGGAAUGGUGGUCAGAUGUUAGGGCGUUGGGGUGGACUAUGCAGCGGAGCGGACAGAGGAGAUCUAUGGAAAAUGAAUUUGUGGCUGUUCCCAGGCAUCCGGUGUUCAUUGAUGUUAUCAUUCAGUUGAAUGGAGCUGGCUUCGUUGGCACUCGUGGUUCUACUUCGUCCAGACUAGCUAGCCGCGAAGUACGGUCGUGA